AAAUGUCUCAAGUGUAAUGGCCCGGUCGGCAUGUCCGCUGAUGAACAAAUUUGCUAGGAUCCGCGACGGAAUUCGGUACAGAGGCUCGGUUUAUUGUCAUAAAAAUUAAUUGGACGGGUUUUGAGUUUCAAAUUGAGACAAUGGAACGUGCGGCCGGCCACUCGGGCUGCUGCUGGUGUGUGCACGACCGGCGGGCGGACGAGGGUCGCCCCUCCCGCCGCCGCCGCGGUCGGGCCCCCCUCCCUUGGGGCCGUCGAGUCGCUCGUCCGCCAGCAGUCUGGCCGCGACCUCGGUUCGAGACGCACCUCACGCAGCCUCCGCUCGCUUGGAUUUAAGUUAGUUGUGUGGUGUCGGUUCGACAGUGUGUGUGUGUGUGAACAAAUGAGUGCCCCGGUAGGGCGGUGACCCCGGCCCGACCUAUGACCACUGAUGACCCAGCUGCUCCGACACACCCCAACAGCGAUGCACUAUGCGCCGUUCGCGAGACAGUGCCCCCCAGCCACGAACAGGGAUUGGCCACCAGGCGGCGGCUCUGCCCAGCAGCUCUCGGUGGUGACCACGGUUUGGGGUAUGACGGCCUCCAGCCAGGCCGGCCCCCACCACACGACGGCCGCCUCCUUUGGUGGACCGGCCUCCUACCCUCCGAACGCCUCUGGAGGCGGCCACAAACCAGGAAACUUUGCGCAGGGAUACCACCACCGGCAACCCGGCCAGCCUCACCCUAGCAAUGGGUACGGCGGUGGGCCUAAUGGUUCGAUGAACCCGCACAUGGGCCCGAGCCCCGUCGACUCCUCGGCGGCGCAGUACGGAGCCCCAGGGGCUGCGCUCAACACGGCGGCUAUGGUCGCAGCGGCCACGGCCACCGCGACUGCAACGGCCAGUGUGGUCGCCAUGCAGGAACGCCAGGAAAUCAGCCAGCAGUAUGCACAGAUGCACGCCAUGGGCGGCAGCUACGGCCAACAGCAGUACAACCAGAGGGGGAUGCCAAUGGGCAACCCUGGCAUGGGACCUUCCAUGGGCCAGAUGAACCCCAGCAUGAUGAUGGGCGGACAGGGCGGCUCGCUGCCCCAGAGCCCUAACAUGAUGCCCAACAUAUCUGGCAAAAUGUCGAUGCAGCAGGGUCCGCAAAGUGGAGGCGUAAUGUACCCCGGUCCCAACCCCCGGCGGAUGGCCCCCUACCCCUCGGCUGGAAUGCACAUGACGCAGAAAAGGCAACAACAACAACAACAACAACAACAGCAGCAGCAACUGGCCAGUCAGUACCCUGGGGGCUUCAACGGCGGCCCCCAACACUACCCCUAUCACCAGCAGCAGCAACAGCAGCCGGCGCCGCAGCAGCAGCGGUUCCCCAGUCAGUAUCCGCAGGGGCAUCCGCAGAGCCAUCCUCAAGGGCAUCCGCAGGGCCUUCCUCCGGGUCUCUCCCCGGGACAUCCGCAGGGCCAUCCACAAGGAGGUCCGCAGGCCGGACAGCCGGGCUUUGGCAUGAACCCCCGCAUGCGGCAGAACACACCCCCAUACCCUCAGCAGUCCGGUCAGGGAUACUUUGGCGGAGGGCAAAUGGUCAACAAUGGUCAGUACGCGCAGUACAACUCGCAGCAGGCGCAGAUGAGUGGUCAAAUGGGCCCUCAGAUGAGCCACCAAAUGCCGACGACGCCGCAACCUCAGCAGCAGCCACCACCGCAGCAGCAGCAGCAACAGCAGCAGCAACAACAGCAACAGCAGCAGCAACAGCCAAUGUUCCAGCAGUUCCAGCAGGAGAUGAGUCAGCGCUCGGUCAACUACCAGCACAGCCCCAUCCCCGGCAACCCCACCCCUCCUCUCACCCCGGCCAGCAGUUUACCACCGUACAUCAGUCCGAACCAGGACGUAAAGUCCAACAUAGUGCAAGAAGGAAAAGCACCUCACCCGUCUCUGCCGGACAUAAAGCCACCCUUACCUAUGCAAACAGACGAUGAAUUGCGGUUGACGUUCCCCGUGCGCGACGGCGUCAUCCUGUCGCCAUUCCGCCUCGAGCACAACCUGGCGGUGAGCAACCACGUCUUCCAGCUGAAGCCGACUGUUCACCAGACGCUCAUGUGGCGCAACGACCUGGAGCUGCAGCUCAAGUGCUUCCAUCACGAGGACCGCCAAAUGAGCACCAACUGGCCGGCCUCUGUUCAGGUCUCAGUGAACGCGACCCCUCUCAACAUUGACCGCGGCGAGAACAAAACUUCGCAUAAGCCACUGUACCUGAAGGAAGUGUGCCAGGCGGGGCGGAACACGAUCCAAAUAACGGUGUCGGCGUGCUGCUGCUCGCACCUCUUUGUCCUGCAGCUCGUACACCGACCGAGUGUGAAAAGCGUGCUGCAAGGCCUGCUGCGCAAGCGACUCCUCAUGGCUGAACACUGCAUCGCCAAAAUCAAGCGCAACUUCAGCAACCCGGCCUCAAACGCGCUGGGCCCGUCUGACGGAGUGGAGCAGACCGCCCUCAAGGUACCACUCAAAUGCCCCAUCACCUGCAAGAGGAUAAUUUUGCCAGCCAGAGGCCACGAUUGCAAACACAUCCAAUGUUUUGAUCUCGAAUCGUACCUGCAACUCAACUGCGAACGCGGCGCGUGGCGGUGUCCAAUUUGCAACAAAUCGGCGCAAUUGGAGGGUCUUGAGGUGGACCAGUACGUCUGGGCCAUCCUGACCCAGCUCGGCCCGAACUCGGAGGCCGAGGAAGUCACCAUCGAUGCGCAGGCCAACUGGAAAGCGGCCAAGAGCAGCAGUUCACAGGACGUCAAGGCUGAGAAUGAGUCAGAUGACUCUUGCGGCGCCAAGAGGCACAACAAAAUGAUGUCUCCAGGCAGCCUCACCCUUCCCACCACGAGCAAUUGGGACAUGAGCCAGUCCAUGUCACCCUACAUUCCGCCAGAUAUGAACAGUAUCGCCAGUGGUUCCAUGAUGAACAACGCGCCCCCUGCCUACAACUCGAAUAUGAACAGGAUGGGCGGGUACGAAUUUGUGGGUGGACCUGGAGGGCCCAGCAGCUCUGGACAGGAGUUUGGCGGUCCUUUGUCCCACCUAAACGAGUCGGUCAGCUCGCUGGACCCUCUCAAUGCGAUGGAGAAGAGUCUUAAUGAUCAGAUGCCACACACACCUCACACCCCUCACACGCCAGGAGCAGUCGCAGGAACGCCUGGCCAGGCCAACACGCCUGGCGGUGGUAACAGCGGUCCUCCGAGCGUUCCUCCCAACGACCCCAACAUUUCGAAUGGCGGUCCUGGCAGCAACAACACCUCAUCCAACGCCAUCCAAGCCCCAGACUCGUCUGCCGAAAUCCCCUCCGACCUCAACUUUGACCCGGCGGCAAUUAUUGAUGGCGAGGGAACUGGUCAGGAGGCACUAAAUUUGCUGCCCGACAAUGUGGUGGACCCGAUGGAGCUGUUAUCAUACCUCGACCCACCAGACCUGGCAACGCCACCCUCAAGUGGCGCCAGCAGUACGGGGGCGAACGGCACGCCGGGCAGUGCGCCCACCAGUGACGACAUUCUCGCCCUCUUCGAUUAGACUGCCCACGGGGAAAAGCAAAGACUCGCGAGUGCGCGCGAUUUAUUGACUCUGACCAAAGCCUCCUACUUCUUCUUUUUUACCUGCUGUGUGGACUCGCUCGCUCGCUCUCAUCCAGUGCUUUUCUACCUGUACAUAGCUCGGCCAGUAGUGCGGUGGACAGUUUAGUGAACUCUCUUCGUCCGCUUGCAGCCCUCGCCCAAACCACCAGCUUCAUCUUGAACUAAGAAAUGUGAUUUAAAAACGGGUUUUCGCCCGCGCUGCGUUUGGGCCUGUGGCACAAGCGGAUUCUUCUCUUCUGGGGCAUGGCGCCCAAAGUUAGCCAGUGAAAAUUUAUUGUUGUUUGAUUUCCCGUUUUCGACUUUCAUAUUGAAAGUUCAGUUCCUGGUCGACGCGAAAUGCAAGCUGGGAAUAUAACUCGAAAGUACAAAUCUCGGGAAUCGGAGCGCAUUUUUGAUUCUAAAUUUGGUUAUUCACUCGUAAUGAAAUGUAGCAAGACUGUUAUUUAUAAAUAAUUACCGUGUAAUGCAUCGUUUUUUUCCUAUUUUCCCCCCAGCUUGGCUCUUUUUACACCCUCCUCAGCAACUUUGGGCGCCGACCUCCGACUUUCUUAUCAGUUUGUCUGUCUCUCCGAAAGGAACUUGUCCUCGAUAGUGUAAAAAGAAAUAAUUUUAUUUGAAGAACAGGGAUUACUUGAUUAAUUUACAAGUGCAAAAACCAACUAAUCUUAUUGCCAUUGUACAGAGAGAGAUCUUGUAUGUCUGUCUGUGUUUGUUGAUUGUGUGCUGUUUUGUAUAUUUUGUGUAAAGCCAAGUCAAUACAAAAUGUGAUAUAAUUAUUUCAAUGACGAGACGAUAAUAUUUUUGCGAGAGGACUAAUAUUAUUGAUUGAUUGAAGCAGAUGAGAAUUCAUAGCAAUUAAUCUCACGAUCCACGCGAGGAGAGUGUGUUUUCAAUCGAUUCUAAUGUGCAAGAGGGCCUUAAUUAUUAAUUUAACUGUUUUUCAUUACUGAGCUUCAAUGGCAAUGAGAUUACCAACUGACCAGGUUGAUUGCUGUGUGCGUUUCGAUUUGUUUCUCAAAACUUUGGUUGUUGGGCGUCACAAAAAUUCAAAGUACAAAUAACUAUUGCGCAGAAUGGCUCCCGUGGCUCUUAACGAACACGUAGAAUCGACUCACGAGGCAAUCAAACAAUAUUACAAUGCCGUUGUAAUUUAUUAAAUUAAAACUUAAAAACUGGUCUGUUCAGCUCGGUGAGCCGUUUUGUCGCUUUGGCCACACAAACAAACACUAUGUUUUCGGUUUCAGGGUUUCGCAUUUUUCGUUUUCGAUUUGGCCACAAGACCACUUCUUCACGUUUUGCCCUCGUCUCUUACAGUAUUCAUGCAAGCGUCACUUUUGUAGGUAAAAAGAAAGCUCUUUACUAGUUUCUUAUAAAAUUUUAAACACCUUCAAAAUCUAUAGUGUUGUUUAUCAUUUGUCUACGCAUUCUGACCUUUCCGCCAGGUUUGUGACCAAAAUCAGCUUGUGCAGAUAUUUUUGGACCUUUCUCUGCGCUGGAAUGCGCGAAAGUUGGAAUUCUUGCUUAGCCAAAAUCAAAGUUUGUGCGGCGCAUAAAACGUUGAACUAAAAAAUCAAUUAAAGCACACACCCACGCAUCUACCACAAGGAGAGAUAAUUUGUAACAAAAUAAGAUUACAAGAUAUAUAUUUAUUAGAAAAGAGAGAAGAGUAAUUAAUGGAAAAGUUAUAAAAAGAAGCAGCGAUGUGUUGAUCAAAAUAAAUUCCUUUUUAUGUGUCAAAGUGGUCUAAAAGUAAUAUUACAAAGGGAUAGCCUGAUAGACUCUGAGUUUAGUGCAACACAAGAAUAAUAAAAAAAAUUAAUUCUCAUCCUCAUUCAUCACCCACAAAAAUCUUACGAACCACAGCAGAAACGAUGCAAGUGCGAUAAAAGGGACACACGAAAUCUGUAAAUAUACGUUUUGAAAAGUGCAUCUCUGAAAACAAUUGAAACGAAAGAAUAUAUUGUACAUUAAAACAUGUCCAAUGGAAAACUAGAUCACCAAUCAACCAACCACAAAAAUCAUGUAUAAAAAUAAAAAUGAUUAAAAAUA